CUCUCCGUUGCUAUAAAUAACGCUCCCAUCUCGCUCGCUUUCUUCUCUUCUUUCGUUCCAAGCGAGACUCCUCUGAGUGUGGAGGGAGAAGAGAGAGAGAAUAGGAGGAGGUAUGGGAGUGGAGGGGAACAAUGGGAGUUGUAUGGCGAUCCGGUCGCUGCCGCCGGUCUCGAUCUCGAGGUGCUCUCAUGGCUCCUCUGUGACCUCAGAUGAUUCUUCAACAUGUGGAUCACCAAGAUGGAUUGGAAGGGGUCUUUCUUGUGUUUGUAUGAAGCGAAAAGUAACAUAUGAACGCAUCUGCGUCAAUCUUACGCCUUUACAGGAAGAAAGACUUCAAAGACUGAAGCAUCGCAUGAAGGUUUACUUUGAUUCCCUUAGGAGAGAUCAUCAGGAAGCUCUCAGAGCUCUUUGGUAUGCGACAUACCCUGAUCAAGAACUUCAUGGUCUGAUAUCUGACCAGUGGAAGGAGAUGGGAUGGCAGGGUAGGGACCCAUCGACUGAUUUCAGAGGAGCUGGAUUUAUUUCAUUGGAGAACCUGCUCUUCUUUGCAAAGACAUUUUCUACUUCUUUUCAGAGGCUGCUGAAGAAACAAGGUGGGAAGCGAGCUACUUGGGAGUACCCAUUUGCAGUUGCUGGUGUAAAUAUUACAUUCAUGAUAAUGCAAAUGCUGGAUCUGCAAUCUACAAAGCGAAGGACUUUUGUUAGAGCUGUUUUCAUCCAAAUGCUGUCAGAAGAUGAGUGGGCAUUCGACUUGCUUUACUGCGUAGCAUUUGUGGUUAUGGACAAGCAGUGGCUGGAAAAGAAUGCUUCCUACAUGGAAUUCAAUUUUUGAGAUCGACUCGUGCACAGCUGGAGAGGGAAUUACUAUUGGAUGAUGUGAUGCGGAUAGAAGACAUGCCAUCUUAUAGCCUUCUUUGCUAGCUGUGGAGCUCACUGAAGGCUAGUCGAUUGAAGUGUAUGGUCCCCUCUUCCACCGUUUUUUUUUUUUUUUACACUCUUCAGCAAAAACAAGAAAAAAUCUGAUGACCUCAUAGACAUUUAAACGAAAAGCAUAUGAUGCAAGGACGUGUUCCAUUUCAUCCUCAAAGACUGUGCCAAGCUUAUGUCAUGAAGCACGGGUUGGAUCGGAUUUGUAUGUUAUCAAUGGAUGGAUGCGUUGUUAUGCGGCACUCGAGUUUGUGGAUGAUGCCUGCCACUUGUUCGAUGGAGAUCCUGGGAGAAAUUUGAUAAUUUGGACAACGAUGAUCAGUGUCGAACCAUGCGAAGCAACUCUGGGGUGUUGGUGCUCUCAGCUUGUCCUCGAUUGGGCGGGUUGGACUUGAGGCGGCAGAUUCAUUCGUAUGUGAAGGAGAAGGGGGUUCAUAUGGGAGAGAUUCCUGGGACGGCUUUGGCGGAUAUGUAUGGAUGCUAAGAAUGAUGCGGUUUCAAUGGCGCUUAAACUGUUUGGGAAAAUGCCAGAAAAAAAAGAAAAGAACAAUGUCACAUGGAAUAAGAUGAUUUGUAGGUUAGCUCAUCAAUGAUCAUGCUAAUAGCGCUCUCAAGCUCCUCUGGGAGUUGGAAAAGGAGGUCCAGCCUAAUGAUAUAGCUUUUGGAACAUUUUUUCUUCUCCAAUGGAUACAUCAGAGGAAAGCAAUGAGCGAAUUAAAUCAUGCAUUUACUCACCUUAUUAAUAUGUGAAUAUCUUCUGCAUUUCAAUCAGAUUUUGAUUUGAAGAAAACUAAGCAUGGAUGAAUGACUUUAUUUAUAAGAUUAAACCAUUGUUGUCUUCUAUAUUCUA